AAAAGUUUAUUAUUGUAAAUUGCAGACUGCAAAGCGUACGGUCUUGACAACUCAACAUGGAAUCGUUGGAAAAUAGUGUCGAGCAACCGGUGUCUUUAACAAUUUCAGACGGCCAGCAGUCAGCCACGGAAGAAGAAAGGAAAGUUGUACAAGAAUUCAGCUACCUUCUUGAAAAAUCUAAACAGCUAUUUAAUGGGUUGAGAGAUCUUCCGCAAUAUGGACACAAGCAGUGGCAGUCAUAUUUUGGCCGGACUUUUGAUGUGUACACAAAGCUCUGGAAGUUCCAACAACAAAAUAGGCAGACCCUGGACACUCAUUACGGCCUGAAGCGAUGGCAAAUCGGAGAGAUAGCCUCCAAGAUCGGACAGCUCUACUACCAUUACUACUUAAGAACAAGUGAAACCAAUUAUCUGAAUGAGGCAUUCUCCUUCUACUCAGCCAUACGCUCCAGAGCGUAUUAUUCAAAAGUAAACCGAGAAAAAGGGCCAGAGUUGAUGGUGAAGAAGUUACGCUACUAUGCCAGGCUGAUUGUAGUAUGCUUACUACUGAGGAAACUAGAUCAUGUGAAAGAGUUAACAAAGGAAUUGAGCAAGAAUGUAGAUGAAUACAAAGGACACUAUGACUCUGAGGAUCAGAUGGAGUGGGCGUUGGUUCUGGGCGAGAUCGAAGCAUUCACUGAGGCGGAUAACAUCAUCACCGUGCUGGACAGUAACUCGCGAGCGGUGACGCUCACCUACCGGUUGGCUUCGGGCGUAUUGCCAGCGUUGGAUACUGGCUCACCGGUCUACCUUACACUGCAGGAAGCUCUGAUCGUAGGCAACUGCCAGCAACAGGUGAAAUUCAGCGAGUUGACUUUAGACAUGUAUAGAACGCUACAGACAUUGGAAAGAGAACCUACGUCAUCGGACCACAUCACUGCACCACCACAUCAUAAUAAUGAUAACAAUAGUAAACCACUGAAGAGAGACAACCCUCAUAAGUAUUUACUCUACAAACCAACGUUCAGUCAGUUCUAUACAUUCUUGUCAGCGGGAUUCAAGGAGCUUCCAGUUAAUGCAGCAUUAUUACUCUACCUCUCAGCGGAUGGAUCAGUCAGCAUCGGGAAGGGGGAAGAUGGGGCGUUUGAUGCAGGGGGCGUGGCCACUAAUAAUAAACGAGAGGGCAACGAACCCCAGGUCACCAAGAGGUCAAAUAUGCUGAAAGAGAUGCACUGUAUACAUCCCGGAGAUCUGUACCCAUUCACAAGGAAGCCUCUGUUCCUGGUUAUUGACAGUCCAAACAGUCAUGCAUUUAAGAAUUUCCCAAACUUAUUCGGGCAGCCGGUAGUCUGUCUGAUGUCGCCAGAGUCCUUCCCAGUCACCAUACAGGAGCAGACAACGCACAAGGGCAACCUGUUUACGAUGUUUCUCCACUCGCCCCUGGUGGCGUUCUGCUACAUCUGCGACAUCGCUGAUGUACCAAUUGCCCUAUGGGAGAACUGCCAGGCCAUGGUCAAUAAGAUCCUGGGUGAAGUUGCUGCUGGGAUAAGCAAAUCCAAGACGAUAGACCAUGCAUUCAUGCAAUUCUACGGUGAUGAGUUCCUGAGAUUACUAAUCCUACGCCAUGUUUUCUGCUUUGCUGCUCUGAGAUACCAUCGAGGAUUCAAGGAUGACAGCUAUUAUCCUCAGAGCCAUCCCGAUCUGCGCGGUCAUGAAAUCCUCGAGAGUAAAUCCCUCCAUAAACACACUCUGGAGCUGGCCUCCAUGCUUGAUGUUAGGCCACUGUUCCUUGACGUCAGUGAAAUUGACUAAAAAACUAAAACAAAAACAACAGCAACAACACUGCAACCAGAGGUGGGUUUUUGUUCAGAGGGACUUCAAUGCAGGCAUUGGGAGGUGGUGAUUUGUUCUUAACAGCGAGCAUGGAUGUGUCAUCAGUCAACACAUGCUGUGCGUUAAAGAAACAUGCGGUGAUGUCCAUUUGGGAUAUGCGUUAAAGGAAGACACCGUAGUGUGCGUUAAAGGAAAAUGCAUUUGAGAAGUGCGUCAAAGAAAAACAUCGUGAUGUUUGUGUGGGAUGUUCAUUAAAGAAACACGUUAAUGAAAUGCAUUUGUGAAGUGUGCAAGAAAUACGCCAUGAAGUACGUUUGGGAUGUGCGUUAUCGAAACACCGUGGUAUGCGUUAAGGACAUGGAUUUGGAAAAUGCCUCAAAGAAACACGCUGUGGUGUGCAUUGAGGAAGUGCGUUGAAGAAAUUGGAGUGUGCAUUGAGGAUGUACUUGCAGGCUUAACUUGAUGUGUUCUGGAAUGUGAAGCAAGAUACACCAAGAACAACCAGAAUGUGUGUUGCGCAUUGCAAGAUCAAAGCAGUUUAGGAGAAAAGAGACUGUUCGCUUUCUUGUUGAAUCCAACCAUGUCAAAGGUCGCAAGAGAGUCAAAGUCAGAGCCAUGUUUGACCGGGUGUCAACCAGAUUUGCUACAGAAAUGUUAAGGCAAACGUUUGGACACAAUGACCUCACAUUUUUUGUAAAAUCGUUUUCAAAAGACUGGUUCCCAGUCAUUGUUAUUUUGUAAAUCAUCUACAGAAAUUAGACUGGCUCCUAGUCUUAUUAUCUUCAGAAAUUAGAGUGGCUCCAAUCAAUCAUCUUCAGAAAUUAGACUGGCUCCUAGUCGUAUCAUCUCAAGAAAUUUGGCUGGCUCCUAGCCAUAUCAUCUUCAGAAACUACACUGGCUCCCAGUCAUAUCAUCUUCAGACAUUAGACUGGCUCCCAGUCAUAUCAUCUUCAGACAUUAGACUGGCUCCCAGUCAUAUCAUCUUCAGACAUUAGACUGGCUCCCAGACAUCAUCUUCAGACAUUAGACUGGCUCCCAGUCAUCAUCUUCAGACAUUAGACUGGCUCCCAGUCAUCAUCUUCAGACAUUAGACUGGCUCCCAGUCAUCAUCUUCAGACAUUAGACUGGCUCCCAGUCAUCAUCUUCAGACAUUAGACUGGCUCCCAGUCAUCAUCUUCAGACAUUAGACUGGCUCCCAGUCAUCAUCUUCAGACAUUAGACUGGCUCCCAGUCAUCAUCUUCAGACAUAAGACUGGCUCCUAGUCCAGUGUUUUUGACAGGGAAUGGUGACUGUUGUAUGCUAAUAUUGCAGCAGGAAAUGCUGACAAUCUGAACUGGAUUGUGCUGUUGCAACUUCAUCACCUGACACUGGACCUCAGUUAUCAAGAGAAAUUAAUGUAAAUAAACCAAUUUGCAUCCUGAAUGAGGCUCCAUUGUCUAAGUUAAACUCAAAGCAUAGAUUUGUCUUUCACCGAAACAGUUGGAUUAGACAGUACAUGUAAUGGUGGGCUUAAUCACUCAGCCAUUUUUUCUUUUAAAUAACGAUUCUUUGGGCAUCAGAUCAAAUAAUUAUUUGUAUUAACUAAAGGAAGAAAAACAGAAAGUGUUGCAAAGAACCAAGUACAUGUACGACCCAGUUUACAAAGCACUCACAUCGUUGGAUACAAAUUUUUUUGACCCAGAAUGAUUAAAAUCAACAUGAAGGCUUUCCUUGUGUUAUUGAAAAUUUUUACUUGAAUAGUCGGAAAGACUGAACGACUGUAUUUUAUUGUAUGAUAACGUCCAAUGUUUGAUUGUAAAUACAUUGAUUGAUUCUUAAAGAUGGGGAAGGGUUGAGAAUGAUUCAGCAUGUUUUUUAAAAACCAUUAUUAAAUUACUGGAACCUGUUUGCCUCAAACAGGAUAUAAAAAGAGGUGAACAAUGUAAAGAAAUAUGAAUAUUUGUAAAUCUUAUAUAAUUAUUUAGGUGUUUAGGGAGAGUUUGGAGAAUGACUUAUGGAUGGAAUAAUUAUACAUUAGUCAUUAAGCCGGUGCAAGUUAGGUUUGAAUAUUUGCCGUUUUUUAAACUUAGGCUCUGGCUUAGGUUCAUCUUGGGCACUGCCCGAGGCUCUUUAGGCUCUGGCUUGGCUUCUGGUUUAGGCUCUGCCUUGGGCUCUGUGUUGGCCUUGGGCUCUGGCUGAGGCUCUGGACCAAGUCCAAGGAUUCUUGGGCACUGCCUGAGACUCUUAAGGCUCUGGCUUGGCUUCUGGUUUAGGCUCUGCCUUGGGCUCUGGCUGAGGCUCUGGCUGAGGCUCUGGGCCAAGUCCGAGGUUUUCAAACAGAGUGUUCUUUUAUAACUUAUGAAUUAACAUACCCGACAUCAAUUGAAUCUGACUCGCAAUAAGGAAACAAAAUUGAUCAAUCCUUUAAAGUUACUUAUAAGAUGAAUUUUUGUCUUACUAAAAGCAGGAUUUUGACCUAGAAGUUCUUGGAACAGGGAAACAGGACAAAACAUUUCAAAGAUAGUUCAAGCCACUUGAUGUAUACUUUUUAAAAAAAGGUUUAUUUCCUUUGCAUCAUAAAUGGGUUAAGUUUGACAAUCACAGAUUGCAGCCAACAUUUUUUAGGAAUUCACUGUUUUAAUUUGUUACAUUCAAUUUCAUAGCCAACAAGAACAAAAUUCUUCUUAACAAAACUUUGAUAACAUUUUGAAUUUGUCAACAUUACAACAUCAGCUGCUCGGCAGGAGGAAAUAUAUCCAAAUACGAGUCAAAAAAGUUGAUAACUUUCAUUAAUUUUGUUAUAUAUAAACAGACUCCUAUUUUUGUCAGCUGGAUCACAUUUUAUGAAACCAAUGUUUUUACCAUUUCCAAUAUAUACAAAAACUAGUAACAUUAAUUUUUCACAAAAUUCAGAUCCACUACUAAUGUCCAUGCCUUUUGAUGAUACAAUGAUAUGGCUGUAGUAUACAAGAAUAAUAAGUUUACCCUUUUUCUAUCUGCCUGGGCACAAAACAAAGCUUAGCGUGCUUACCAGAAUAAGGUUGUCAGCUAAACCACCAAUCACAUGUUCAAUCUGUGAAUGGUAUUCUGUUCAUUUGUGCCUAGCUGUAUUAAGCAAUGCUUCAGCAGAGCUAUCAAUUUGUCUGCUUAGCAAAACAUAAGCAGGGUACCAUUCACAAGCAGUAUACACUACAUGGUGUUUUGGUUGGUAACCUUCUUCUGCUAAGCGAUGGCUUUGCAAAACUCUUGGUUGUGCUGUCUUUUGUGAAUUGUUUGCUUCAACUAACAUUGUACCAAGGAAGCAUUCAGAUAAGAGUUGUGCAGCUUUUGUUAUCAAUAUUGUUCAUUCCCUCCUAUUCCCCGAGGCCCAAUUUCAAAAGCCUGUAAGUACAAAACCUGCUAAGCACAGGCAAACCUUGCUUAGCAAAAGCAGAUUAACCGAAGCUCAGUAGGAUAUCAGUUCCUCAGAAAUAAUAUGCAAAGGAGGAGCUAGUUUAUGCUAAGCAAUAUUUGUCUGUGCUUAGCAAAGUUUUUUGGUUACAGGCUUUAUGAAAUUGGGCCCCGUGUGGUAUUGAAAGGAGUGUGCUGGACAUAUUUUUUUUUUUUUUUAUGGAGGUGAAGUUUUAAGUAUGAAAAGCCAGGAAUUGUAACUCAUAAUUUAAACUUGAAUUUUGACGUCUUGAAUUACUUGUACAAAAUAUCAAAGAGCUUUUCUUUCUCUUAAUUCCUUGUGGUGCUUUCCUAGAAUGGGCUUUCAUUAAAUUCUUUGAUUGUUGAGAUGUGUGCAAACUUAAAAAUAUCUUAAAAAAAAAAAAAACCCAAAACAAGUAAUCCCUUCACCUGAAACACUGCUAAAGCCGUAACAUCACUGCGUAAUCCCUUUAAGGAAAAUGGAUUAAUCCAGCAUGCCCUGCCAAAGGUUCACGCACUCUGCCCGUGCACAUGCUCUAUAAAAAGCAAAGCGUUCCCCUCACCUAAAAUCUUGCUUGAACCGUAACAUCACUGCAUAUUCCCUUAAAUAAAAAUGGAUUAAUCCAGUAACCCAGCCUAAGGUGCGCGCAGAGAUUUCCAAAUGCGUAUGCUCCGCCCCUUGCCCAUCAAGCCAGCACACCGCACCAAUGAUAACAAUUGAAGCUAUAAGGAUCUUAGAUUAGCAAAAUGGAAUGUGUUCAUCAUGCAUUGUGCGUAAUGAUGAGUUUAGCGUGUGCCUGAGGUCAAAGGUUCAUCUAGCAGGAUCCUGCCUGGGGCUCAAGGCCAGCAUCUGGUUAGACUUGGUUCCAAGUCUCUGAUCGUAGCUUUUAGUCAUCCUGAUAGCCUCUACAAAAAGCACCCUCUUGUGAUCAACCUUCAUCAUUUUAGAUUGCGUGUUAGGAGGGCGCGUGAUA